AUGCACAUAUGUUAUGUAAGCCAAAAAGCCAUAAUGAAAUGGGAGAAGUUAAAGCCUCCAGAGCCAGACGACCCUAUGUGCUGCUGUGAAUGUGAUAUCUGCCAGUGCGGAUGUUGCUGUGACUGUGAAGAACUGGAUGACACCUUCAACAGGUGGCUGAGAGAGAAACCACCCACGGCAGGACUUCUUUCGCCCGUGUUGGGAGCUGUGACCGACAACCUGGAGAUCUCGCUGAUCCCAGCUCUGCUGCUGCUGCCCCUGCUGCUGAGGGCCGCGGCGCUGCACUACGCGCUGGGCAUCGUCAUCCUGACCGCUCUGCCGGGCCUGGUGCUGUGGUACUACUACGCCACGCACCGCAAGAAGAAACGCAGCCUGUUCUUCCUCACGCUCGCUCUGUACUCUCUGGCUUACAUGUAUUACCUCUUCAUCACAGAGAUUUUCCCCCGUGGGGACGUCAGCCAGCUCCAGUUGGGCACCGUGACCUUUGGAAUGAUUCUGACAAUCGGUUGUCUGAUUCACACAAAGAGAGGGCCGGGGUUCGUCACGGCUUCCCUGUACGAAGCAAACAGCCGCAGCAAAGUGGCUGGGGAGGAUUCUUCACUCCUUCAUGGAUUUCCCCAGCCCGCGGCCUCUGCCUUAGUGACCUCAGGAGCAGGAAAAGAGGCUGAAACGGCCAAAUGGAGCACGUGUCCCGUUUGCAAAAUCAUGCGGCCCCCCCGAGCCGGACACUGCAGAACCUGUGGAUCAUGUGUGCAGCGUCUGGAUCACCACUGCAUCUGGCGCUGCAGGAUUAACGGCUGCGUUGGACAAGCAAAUCACCGCAGUUUUCUGCUGACCCUCUGCGUGUUCCUUUUAACGUCCGUGUACGGGAUCGGUUUGGUGCUCCGCAGCCUUUGCCCCCGACAGUAUCUCAUGACAGCGCUCUUCUACUGUCCCGGCGUCUACGGCCAGUCUAGCACGGCUCUUUGCUUCACCUGCUGUUGGUACAGCAGCAUUGUAACAGCCGGACUGCUCUACCUGCUGGUGGCGCAAGUUCUCAACAUCAGCUUCAACGUGACGGAGCGAGAGGCUCAGCUUGCCGUGAGGAACAAAAAGGGCCAGAGCCGCCUGUGGGGACUCGUCAUCGACACUGGAGAGUAUUCCCGUGGCUUCUACCAGAACUGGGUUGAGUUCCUCACCAUGACAGAUGCCUCGGUGUCUCCUCGCUCCAGCCUCACUGACUUGGUUUAGGUUUCCUUUAUAUAUUCCAGUGUGAGAAAGAUAGCAUGUUAAUUCAGCAUACAAGAAGAUGAUCCUCUUAAGUGUGACUUUUCAGCCAAAUAAUACUGACUGUGGUGUCUAAAAGCUGUUUUACCUCUGGAAGAAUAAGGUGCUAAAAGUGUUCAUUUUUAAUCAACACAAAUGUAUUAAACUUUUUGCAUAUGGAUUUAAG